AGUCUCCUGCGCGGGCCAGCCUGGGCUUCCGCGGCGCUCGGCUCUGCGGCGCCCACGGUCCUCGAGGGCACGUUUGCGGAGAGGGUGGCGCGAUACACCGGCGUGUGUGGCUCCAUCUUUUCAGAUCUGGGCGUGGCCGUGACCAGCUUCUUCGUGCUGGCCUGCUGCGCGGGCACGGAGACGGCCAUAACCACGCUGUGGCCGUGGAAGGCUGGGCCCGUCGGAGAGAGACGUGCGGGUGAGAGGCUUGUGUGGGAAUCUAGUCGUUUUCCGCUUCUUCGUCGUCGUCGUCGUCCCGAA